GACAGCCCCACCGCGCGCGCACUGACCACCACAAAUCUGCAAUUCAUUCGGUGCGGGUUGCGAAUUGCAACUUUUGGCAGCGCCCUGGUAGAUUGGCCCACCUCGUGAUCUUUUUCUGCCCUCUUCUCUCACUACUAACCAUUCCACGACAGCAGCCAGCACCCCAUCGACUCUCACGACAGCCGACAGAGUCUCCGUCAAGAUGGGUAUCGAUCUCGACCGCCACCACGUGCGCAGCACCCACCGCAAGGCGCCCAAGAGCGACAAUGUCUACUUGAAGCUCCUGGUCAAGCUUUACCGCUUCCUGGCCCGCCGUACCGACUCGAACUUCAACAAGGUCGUCCUCCGCCGCCUGUUCAUGUCGCGCAUCAACCGCCCCCCUGUCUCGAUCUCCCGCAUCACCGGCCAGAUCAAGGGCCAGGAGGACAAGACCGUCGUUGUUGUCGGCACCAUCACCGAUGACAACCGUCUCCUCGAGGUCCCCAAGGUGACUGUCGCCGCCCUGCGCUUCACCGCCACCGCCCGUGCCCGCAUCCAGGCUGCCGGCGGCGAGGCCAUCACCCUCGACCAGCUCGCCCUCCGCGCCCCCACCGGCAGCAACACCCUGCUGCUCCGUGGCCCCAAGAACGCCCGUGAGGCCGUCAAGCACUUCGGCUUCGGCCCCCACAAGCACAAGAAGCCUUACGUCCAGUCCAAGGGCCGCAAGUUCGAGCGUGCCCGUGGCCGCAGACGGUCGCGUGGUUUCAAGGUCUAAGCGUUGGGCAGCGGAUGAAAAAAGGCGGCUUCUUUCGGGGUUGGUCAAGCGUUUUACUACGGACCGGUCCGGCAAGACGGACGGCGGCGGCGAUGAUGUUCACGAUCGCGAUGGGAGCAGUCGUGGUCAUCGUGCCUCUCUGGUAGCGAGAGGGGCGUCGUCUAGACACGGGAGUCAUUUGUGCAUGGUUUGGCGUGUAACGGGUCUUCAAAAUUACUCCAUAUAUGGAAACGAGGAAUGCAAUACCACUUCUUUUGACGCCCUGUCGA